AUGCCCGAGUUCGACUCCCGCCUGCAGGUGCGUGUUAGGCUCAGGGCAGAGGUCAGAUGCACGCACGUGGUCGCCCCGACGGCUGUCUUGCAAAGGUUGCGCAAGGCAGGCCUUCGAAAGGCACAGAAGACGGUGCGAAUGCUCCCGUGGAAGCGAAAGACACACCGCGAAGACGCAGCAAACAACCUUCAAACCACGCCCAAGGACCAACAGUCCCUCGUUGAAAUCGUUGGUACACGGCCGGCGUCUACGAUACGGCAGCUAACUAUCACUGUCGGAAUGAAUUGUUUCUGCAAUCUCGCCCUCAUGGCCUGUGCUGGAUGUCAAAUAGUCGUAUAA